AAUUCCAACGCGGUUCUUCUGGUUCCAGGAAUGGGACUGAAAAGAAUCUUCGUGAUGUGGGCGGAGUCACAACGUGCUGUGUGCGGUCGCUAAAAACCCACGUCUAGAAGUUUAGCUAUCCUAGAACACUGUUAGGAUAUGGCGAAGUGGGGCCAGGGAGAUCCUCGCUGGAUCGUGGAGGAGCGGCCGGACGCUACCAACGUCAACAACUGGCACUGGUGAGACGGGUGGCUGUGUAUUGGGCAGUGGGUGAGAGCUGUUACCGCUGUAGGGCAGAGAAAGACGCUGGCUCGUGGUCCAGAAGCAAGUUAAAGAGUCUUUUGGUGGGACUGAAGUUCAGUGGAGAAGAAGGAGAGUGUGAGAUAACGGAGGCACUCAAAGUCGAUGGAGAGGCGACCGCACACAACAGAAAAGGGAAGCUCAUAUUCUUCUAUGACUGGAGUAUAAAACUCAAGUGGUCAGGUAUGGCAGAGGGUAAGGAGGGGGAGGUGAAGGGAGAGAUUGAGAUCCCAAAUCUCAGUGACGAGAAUGCCGUGGAGGAAGUCGAUGUGAUAGUGACAGUGGAGAGCAGUGGCAAGGUGGUGUCUCAGACGAUGAAGGAGAUGGUACACAGAGAGGCACCUAUCGUGGUCCGCAGUAAACUGAGCGAGUACCUCCGCUGUCUCAAGGAAGAGUACUCCAACAAAGGUCUCAUCCUCCCCAAGAGACAGAGCCCCACAGAGUCUUCGCCUGCCACUCCUCCCACUCUCGGUACUCGGAUCUCAACCCAGCGAUCGCCGAGUCCUGCAGCCACCAGCAACAAGAAGUCCGGCACAGUUAAUGUGAACACCACUCAGAUCAAGAUGACAGAAUCAUUCAUGACCUCCAUAGAGGAACUCUACAAUACCCUCACCACUCAACAGCUGGUGGCUACAUUCACCAACAGCAGUACAAAGCUGGAGGCAAAGAAAGGUGGCCUGUAUUCGCUGCUGGACGGUCUCAUCAGCGGACAGUACAUGGAACUAGUGAGAAGAUUCUACUACUCCUUUAUACCCUACACGUCAGUGUUACUCCUGCCCUUUCUUUACAGGAAAAGCCACACAAGAUAGUGAAGACAUGGAGAGAGAAAUCCUGGCCUGAUGCCCACUAUUCCACGGUGACCAUAGAACUAAACCAGGAACAAGACUGUGCCAAGCUAGUCCUCCUCCACACCAACGUACCAGAGGGCGUGGCAGAGAGAACCAAACUCGGCUGGAAGACCCACAUCUUUGAGAGAAUAAAGUCUGUGUUUGGCUACGGAGCUCGUCUUUUCUGACACCCCACACCAGACGAGAGUCUACAUCUGACAGUACCAUCCUCUGCUCACGGAACAUCUGCACUCAAUUCUGCUGCCUUGCCACAACUACCGCUGCUAUUGUACAUAUUAUAUAUACAUGUUCCUUGCAGUGCUGCUUCUGAAGGCGCAAUACAUGCAAUUUGCUAUUUAUUUCACAUUAAUUUGUGUGCAAAUGUUAUUAAAAGUAUACCUCUUUGCAAUGAAGACACUAAACGUGUGCAGUUGCGCUAGUUUACUUCAAAUUUGAGGUAGUUUUGUCGAGAAAAAAAUUCAAAAUGCGGGUACAAUUCACCAAGGAGCAUGUGUGUGAAGAUAACAGCCACCCAUUACAGCAGGCCUAUAGAAGAAGGGCUUACCUACAGCCUAGUCAGAAUCUGAGGCUUCCCCUUCAGACCUCUU